GCGCACCAUCUCCACUCAUCAGCAUGCUUAACACAUAAGGAGCUAUCGCACCACCAUGACCGUACGAACGAACCUCUCUCACCCCUCAAUCCGCUGGAUGCUCUCGAAACCCAUCACUUCCGCGUCCGCCGCCUCCUGCUGGUCCUCCUUAACAGCACCUCGUAUCAACUUGCCUCGACGAUACCAUUCGUACCAACACCCAGCUCCUGGGCCAUCCUCCACAACGGCCAAAUCAGCAAUUCUGUCUGCCUCUCUCCCCCACGUUCCGUCACAUGGAUUCUCCGAUACAGCACUUGCUUUUGGUUCCCGUGACGCCGGCUACCUCGACAUCUCGGUUAAUAUGUUGCCCGGAGGAGUCUUCGACCUCGUACGCUAUCAUCUUGUCACUGAGCGUCUCCGAUUAGGCGACAAGAUUGACUUUCGGAAGCCUGAGAAUGAGUUGCCGGAGGGUCUGAGGAAUCUGGAUAUCACCACUAAAAUCCAGAUCCUGUGUAUGGAGCGCCUUAAGGCGAACGCUCAUAUCAUACAUAGAUGGCAAGAGGCUCUGGCUGUCAUGUCACUAACUGAGAAUAUACCUGCAUCUAUGUCAGAAUUGGCCAAGCUCUCGGACGAGAUAUGGUUUCUUGCUGGGGAUGAAAGCCAUGACACAACGUGGUAUACCAAGCGCGCCACGCUCGCCGUGGUUUAUGCGAGCACCGAAUUGUUCAUGACACACGAUAAUUCGAAAGACUUUGAGGCUACACAGGAGUUCCUGGGCCGACGACUCAAUGACUUGAAAACCGCUGGGUCAGCCGUGUCAAACGUCGCGUCAUAUCUCGAUUUCACGGUUCAUGCAUUUGCAAAUGUGCUCCGUUCGAAAAACGUUCCGUUUUUUUGAACGCAAUAGCCACCGAAAUUCAACUGCUUGCUCCAAUUCCUCCUCUGCUCAUCUUUUGUUGUAUUUGUUCACCUCCGGGGGAGGGGCGUCUAUCUCCUUGUUAUGUAUAUACCAUAGAAUAAAUAAUGGGUUUUAUUUGCAAA